GCUGUCCUAUAGGUCUUGUACAUUUAAGUAGUUUAGUAAUAUGAAUGAUUAAACCAGCUCAUGAAAAUAAGCAUAGCAUAGUUUCAUAAUGGCUAAGUAGAUUAUAAGUAAUACAUUUACAUCAUUCGAGUUGUCAGUAUGCCUCAAAACAACCCAUCCCCGACCGACGUUAUUCGUUUAGAACCCCUGGGAAGGUAUAAACAAACUCAAAAUGGGAACGUGUAUGCUUCAGGUACAAAUCAUAGUGUUUCUGCACCCAUCACUCACUCAAUCUGUCAGUCAUCUCCACUCAUUCAUAAUCCCUGUGACACAGGCGGUGUUGUAGGGAAUGAAAGUAAUGCUGGCACUACGAAGAAGAGCCUUUACGAGAACCAUGGAGUUGCGGCAUGCUCACAUAACAGAGCUCUCUGCAUUGCCACCAUCGUAUUUGCCCUAUUAUUCACUAUUGCCAUCAUUAUUGCCUUUACCGGGCCCCAGAGCGACUGUACCUGUGCUGGUGAAAAGCCACCAAAUUUCGUUGAUGAAGGAACAAACAUGACUAGAACCUUCGUACCAAGGGCAACAAACGGACAAAUUUUUCCAUGGAACAAUAUUCGUCUUCCUACCUCCUUGAAACCUACACGAUAUAACUUAACAAUCCAUCCUAAUCUUACGACUUUAGAAGUUAGAAGUCAAGUAUCCAUUGAAUUUCACGCAGACAAAGACACAAAUUUUAUAGUACUUCAUUGUAAGAAUCUUACUAUACUAGAUAAAAUGAUACAAGAUAAAAGAGGGUAUAAUUUAACUAUAAUUAAACUGUUAGAAUAUCCCGGAGCAGAACAGUUGUAUAUAGAAAUUAGAGAGAAAUUUAGAAAGAGGCACAAUUAUACUCUGAAAAUAAGAUUUAACUCAAAAUUAAGUCAGGACCCGAAGGGGUUUUAUAUUUCUAAUUAUAUCAACAAGGACGGUGAUAAAAGAUAUUUGGCGGCAACACAUUUUAAACCAACGUACGCUCGAACCGCCUUUCCAUGUUUCGAUGAACCCCAGUUUAAAGCCAAAUUCAGGUUAACUAUUUUUAGAGACAGAUUCCAUAUAACUCUUUUUAACACACCUGUAGUUAACACCGAUGACUUGGGAUUUUACAUGGGUACAGGUUUGUUACGAGAUGACUUUUUGGAAACUCGAGAAAUGAGCACAUUCCUUGUGGCUUUUGUAAUAUGUGACUAUUCCCAUCAAAGCGAGCAAACUGAAAAGGGGGUUUCUGUCUCAGUGUAUACUUCAGCACCUUAUAUGCCACAGGCAUCAUUCGCCCUUAAAACAGCCACGCACGUCUUAAACUUUUUCGAAAAUUUCUUUGGAAUAUCCUACCCUCUUCCUAAAUUAGAUCUGGUAGCUAUACCGAACUUUGCAGAUGGUGCAAUGGAAAAUUGGGGACUAAUUACUUAUCGCGAAACUGCCAUUUUAUACGAUACCAAUGAAACUUCUAUUGCAGCGCAUCAGUGGGUUUCCACAAUUAUAACGCACGGGAUUGUGCACCAGUGGUUCGGCAACCUCGUGACUAUGAAGUGGUGGAAUGAUUUAUGGUUGAACGAAGGUGUAGCAAUUUAUUUUGAAUACUUAGGUGUAAAUAGUUACUUCCCGGAAUGGCGAAUGAUGGAACAAUUUAUUAUAGAUAAAACUCAACCUGCUCUCGCCUUAGAUGCACUAACAAGUAGUCAUCCUGUAACUGCGGCUGUAAACGAUCCAUCUGAAACUGAAACUAUUUUUGAUACUAUUUCUUAUAGCAAGGGCGCAGCGAUUUUCAACAUGUUGGCUAACUUUUUACAAGAUGAAAUUUUGCAAAAUGGCCUUAAUGAUUAUCUAGAUACUUAUAAGUAUACUAAUGUCGAAACAAAAGAUUUAUGGAAUGCUCUUAGCAGAAAUACCAACCAUACACUUGACAUAAAGGUUGUAGUGGAGACGUGGAUUAAUCAGAUGGGUUUUCCCCUUAUUACAAUCACCCGUGAAGGGAAUGAAGUUAUAGCAACUCAAGAAAGGUAUUUGGUUACUGUGGAAAGUACUAACAGUUCUGUACGUUCCUUACCAAAAUCCAAAUACGAUUAUAAAUGGUAUCUGCCAUUAACAUAUUUUACAAGCAAUGACACAGAAACAGUCAAACACAUUUGGAUGAACAUGACAGAUGUGCGAUUUGAAUUAGAUCCCGAAAUACCUUGGAUUAAGGCAAACGUAAAUCAAACUGGUUUCUAUAGAGUCAUGUAUGACGAAGAAAUGUGGCAAGCUCUCAUUUAUAAUUUAAGAAAUAAUCAUUCUUUAUUCAGUGCGGCAGACAGAGCCAGUUUAAUAGAUGAUGCAUUUUCACUAUGCAGAGCCGGAUUACUUAAUGCAAGUAUCCCUCUAGAAUUGUCGUUGUAUUUAACGAAAGAAAGAGAUUAUGUGCCAUGGGCUACAGCAAUAAACCAUUUAAAGGCAUGGGCACGAAGGUUGUCAGAAUCGUUAUCAUAUAAAAUGUUUUUAAAGUAUAUGAGACAAUUACUGAAACCAGUUGCGGAGUAUGUUGGAUGGAAAAAAAGGAGGUCGCAUUUAGAAAAGUUGUUGUGUGUAGAAGUGCUUUCGGCUGCGAUAUUAUGUGAAUUAAAUGACACUAUAUCUGCUGCCAAAGUGCAGUUCCAAAAAUGGAUGCAAUCCAAUGAAUCCAUAGAUCCAAAUUUGAAAGAAGUUGUGUAUUCCGCUGGAAUAAAAUAUGGUGGUAUUACUGAGUGGCAGCAUUGUUGGAAUGUGUAUAAUAAUACCACAUCUCCAACUGAAAAGAAGCUGCUGCUCAAAGCCUUAGGAACUGCUUCUGAUCCUUGGUUGUUACAAAGGUAUUUAAUGGAGACUUUGGAUAAAAAUAUGGUAAAACCUGAUGAUGUGAGAGUGGUACUAGCAGUAGUCGCGGCAAAUCCAGAAGGAAGGUUGUUGGCUUGGAGACACCUCAAGGCAUACUGGCCCACCAUGCAUUCACUUUAUGGAAAUGGCACACUUUUAAUGGGUAGUCUCAUAUCAGCAGUUACCGCACAUUUAUCAACACCUUAUGAUUUUUAUGAGGUUUCAAUUUAUUUCUCUGGAAUGAAUGUAGGAUCAGCAUCAAGAUCUUUAGAACAGAGUCUAGAAAUAAUAAAAUUAAACAUUAACUGGGUUUCUCAAAAUGAAGAAGAGAUAUACAUUUGGCUGCGCAAUAAUGUUAAAUAGAUGUAGUUCUUAAGACUAACUUUUACUAUUUCUUUUUAGAGUUUUUAUUUAUUUAAAUAUCUGAGUACUUAUAUUUUUAUAUU